AUGAAGGUUUGUCUCGCAGCUGCUCUUGCUGCCGCCUUCGCCGCGACAGCGAUGUCGCAGGACUCUCCGGCUGAGCUCCUUCGCGAGCUGCAGGCCCAAAAAGCGUUGUUGGAGGAGCAGCGAAAGGAGCUGAAGCAGAUGACCGAAACCCAGGAGAGUAUGGCUGGCGCCAUGGACUCGGCGUGGCUGGUCCUUUGUGGAGCGCUGGUUAUGUUCAUGCAUGCCGGGUUUGCAAUGUUGGAGACCGGUUGCUGCCGUGCAAAGAAUGCUUCGAACGUUUUGAUGAAAAACUUAGUGAACGACGGGAACUGCCAGUCUACGAUGCUGAGUUGGUUCUUCCAGUGGGCCUCUUGGAUGUUCGGCGCCACCAUCGUGAGUGGCUGCGUGGCAGAGCGUGUCAAGAGUCCCACCUACGCUUUCUUUGCCUUCUGCAUGACCAGCUUUAUCUACCCAGUUGUUGUCGCUUGGACCUGGGGUGGCGGCUGGCUCGCCAGCAUUUUCGAUGUGGGAUACAUGGAUUUCGCCGGAUCAGGUGUUGUCCAUUUCACCGGAGGCGUUUGCGGCCUCGCUGGCACGGUCAUCCUUGGCCCCCGGAGGGGACGCUUCGAGAAUCCCGAGGAGUUCGAGUACCACAACAUCCCACUGGUCGUGCUCGGCACCUUCGCGCUCUGGUUCGGCUGGUAUGGCUUCAACCCAGGUUCCACUCUGUCGAUGCACGACAAGGAGAUGGGUGCCCUUGCAGCACAGGUGGCCAUGAACACCACUCUCUCUGCAGCCACCUGCGGAAUCACCGUGUUCUUGCUGAAGUUCGCGCUCGUGCGCAAGUACGAUGAGAAGAGCAAGGCGGAAGCCGACAGGAAAGCCGCUGAGAGAGAAAAGGAGGCAAAAGAGGCUGAAGCCGCCGAGGAAAAGCGCAAGAUGGAGGAGGAUCAGAAGAGAGAUGACGCCAGGCGUCGGACGGCAGACCGUUCCGAUGAGCCGAAGCGCUCACUCUCCGAGGAGAAGAGGAAGAAGGAGGAAGAGAUGAGGCUUCGGGAGGAGGAGCUCCAAAAACGGCGCGAGAAGAAGCGAGCGCUGGAGCAGGAGGCCUGA